AUGGAUGCCAUCUCUGCUUAUAGCUUUGCCACUCUGGCCUGGCUCACAGCCCAGUCCGUACCUCUAAUCGUAUGGCCGACGUUCAUAUCCUCGCUCCUCACUCCAAACUACCAACAUGCGAACCGCUUAGCACAGCUCACCCUCGGCAUCGUCGUGGUCUCCCUCUCCGGAGCGUUGCCCUUGACCUCGCUUGUCGACACUCCAGCGGACGCGGCCUCACCUUAUGCCAACGCAGUAAUUUUCGUCUCCACACUCUACCAUGCCUCCCAAGCAUUUUACAGCUACAACAAGUUCAACGGGAGCGACGCGGGUGGCUACUUCUUCGGCGCCUUGGGAUCCGCCGUCCUGGCCGCCUUUGGGCUUUGGUGCUUGAUGUUCGCGGGAGACAAGGGUCACAUCUCCAAGAGAACAGGCGCCGACAAGCGCACGAGCGGCUGGCCGUUCAAGAACUCCGAGGCGAGUAAGAAGAAGGGCAAAAACCUCUAG